ACAGCACUCACCUUCUUGCGUUUCUUUCCCAGGAGGGAGAGCUCCACAUUGAUGUGGUUAAAAUCCCUUCGCAAGGUUCCUCUGGGGCCCUUUACGAUGACUGUCCGGCCCUUCAGCGAAACACUGACUAGAAACCAAAGGCAGAGGCACGUUAAAGGGUGGCGGGCCCAGCACCACAGCGCGCCUUUCAGGGGCGCAGGCAGACGUACCUUGGUCGGGGAUGUCAACGGUCUGGUUGCUGAGAAUGGUCUUCAUUCUGCAAACGAGAACGCGGAGAAGCUGCAGCCCCUCAGGGCGAGGCCUUUCGGCGGCGCCCUCCCUGCCCCUCCCCGCUGCGCACCCGCCAAAGCGGCACCACCCGCUCCCAGUCGCCACGGCGAUGAACUCCGGCCCCGACACCUCCCGCCCGGGCGCGGGUCCCGGCCCCGGAAGAUCGGCGGGGACCGGCGGGGACCUGCGGCCUCAGCGCCUGGCUCCAUGGUGUCCGGGAGCCGGGUGUGUCACCAGUACGGAGCGUCAGGCUCUCUGCCAGAGGAAAAAAAAGAGUUUCUGCAAAAUGGACCAGACCUACAAGACUUUGUGUCUGGAGAUUUGUCGGACAAGAGCAUGUGGGCUGAGUAUAAAGGCAAUUUAAAGCGUCAGAAGGGAGAAAGGCUGCGACUUCCUCCUUGGCUGAAAACAAAGAUUCCCAUGGGAAAGAACUACAAUAAACUAAAGAAUACCUUGAGGAGUUUAAACCUUCAUACGGUAUGUGAAGAAGCACGUUGUCCCAACAUUGGAGAAUGCUGGGGAGGUGGUGAAUAUGCUACAGCUACAGCGACUAUUAUGCUGAUGGGUGACACAUGCACUAGAGGCUGCAGAUUUUGUUCAGUAAAGACAGCAAAAAAUCCACCUCCGCUGGAUCCCAAGGAGCCUUACAACACAGCAAAGGCUAUAGCUGAGUGGGGCUUGGAUUACGUUGUACUGACGUCUGUGGACAGAGACGAUAUGCCUGACGGUGGUGCAGAACACUUUGCAAAGACAGUCUCUCAUCUGAAAGAAAGGAAUUCCAAAAUUCUGGUGGAAUGCCUGACUCCCGAUUUUCGCGGGGACCUUCAGGCCGUGGAGAAGGUAGCGCUGUCGGGGCUGGACGUGUACGCCCACAACGUGGAAACGGUGCCGGAAUUGCAGAGGAAGGUCCGCGAUCCCCGAGCCAACUUUGAGCAAUCAUUACGUGUGCUGAAGCACGCCAAAGAGGUCCAGCCUGGCGUCAUCUCUAAAACCUCCAUUAUGCUGGGGCUGGGCGAGACGGAUGAACAAGUGUAUUCAACAAUGAAACUAUUGCGGGAAGCAGAUGUGGAUUGUUUGACCCUAGGACAGUACAUGCAACCAACAAAACGGCACCUAAAGGUUGAGGAGUACAUCACUCCCGAAAAAUUCAAGUACUGGGAAAAAGUGGGAAAUGAGCUUGGAUUCCACUACACUGCUAGCGGGCCUUUAGUGCGCUCCUCAUAUAAAGCAGGUGAAUUCUUCUUGAAGAACUUGGUAGAAAAAAGAAAGACAAAAGCCAUCUGAAAAUGAGAGUGAACCUAUUUAAAGCAGCCGGUUUUAAGGAUCCUUUUUUUUCAGCGCAUAAUUAUACUCAGUUCCAGAAAUGCAGAAGACCAGAUGGUGGAUGCAUGAAUAAACUUACUAUCUGUCCAGAAUGCUUUUCUUUCACCAAAACACUUCACAGUAUUUUACCUAAUUCCUCUGGCAAGGCUACAACUACAUCGUACUUCUGGUGCUCAGCAAAAAGUCAGAAGAUAGAACUGAUUUUGAAAGAGCGAUGGAACUGAGGUAGAAGAAAUGUAAGCUGAAAAAAAAUUGGAUGGGUUUAAGUACUCAGGUUUGAAACUACCUUCAAUAUUGCUGCAGUUAGGUACUUGUAAAGAUGCUAAGUAACAGGUAAUUUGAAAGGUACUGAUUUUGGUGUAUCUUACCAUUAUGUAAGAGAAGUCUGCAGGGACUCUGGAAAAUAGAGAAACUCUAAAGAUGGUGUAUGUGAUGAAGUACCAUGUUAGGGCUAUCUUGACCCACGCCAGAGAAAGUAUUGGUAAUACUCCUUCAAGAGGUGAUAUCUCUAUCUGCAUCUUAAGAAAACGAGCUGUACCAUUCUGACAGCUAAUGCUUUUCAGGUGCUUACAUGUCUCAAAGUGAGAGCCUUGGUAAACCCAAGGUAUCACGUUGAAGAAAACAAGCCCUUUCUGGCAAGAGAAUUAACCUUGUGUAGGUAUCAUAUAAUUUAAAGGACAUGGAAGAUCAGAGUGGCCGUAACAGCAUAACUAGAGCUACGCCUAGUGUGGGUAUAUGACUGAGCUGCACAGGUGCUUCUUUAGUAUGGGGUAUGCAGGGCUGCUGCCAUUCUGUACCAUGCUCCUCCUCAUGGGUAUUGUCUUACCAUUAAAGGAACGUUAAAAGCACAGUCUAAGGGUGGGGUGAUUGUGUUUGAUUGGUCUGGUUACCUGCGGUGUCAUCCCCCCCCACCCCGAGACCUGGUCUGGCUGUUAAAUCUGAAUGCAGAGACGUGAAUGCAUCAUAGAUGAAAUGUGAAAUCCAUUUCAUAGCAUACUAAGCUCAAGCAGAAAUAAAAGCGUGGCUUUUGGUACA